AUGCAUACGAUCGAUCCCAUCGAGAAGGCUGACUUGACCCUUCUUCUGGGCGAGCAAUGGAAACAGAUCAUUCAAGCUCGUAACACCAAGGAAGGCACUAAGGAGAAGGAAGUAGAGUUGAUGCCAUUGGGUCGUGCCAUGCCUCCAGAGAAGCCUUCAAGACCCGAUACACUCGAGUUUGUGAGGCCGGGGUUUGGCGUCAAGGUCGGCAAGGCUGGUUCUUUGUCAUUGGCGAACGUGGAGCAAUGGGCGAUCGACACGGCGUUGGACAAUAUGACGCGCUUUGGAUACUAUACUCAGGCGACUGCAGGAACAGCGCUCAAGAACCAGAUCGAAAACGAGGAGGACAAGGAGUUUGUAAUGCCCAACCGGUUCUUUGACGACUUUAUGCAAAUGGCUUGCGACGAAUCCAAGCACUUCAAAUGGCUGAAUGAGCGGUUAGAGUCGCAAGGAGCACAUUACGGAGACCUCCCAGUUCACGCCUCGAUCUGGGAUUCUUGCACAGACACUGCACGAUCGGCACUAGCACGCAUGGCUGUUGUGCAUAUGACGAUCGAGUCGCGAGGUCUAGAUGUCAACCCGGCGACUAUUGCUCGUUUCAGCAGGAGUGGCGACGAGGAUUCAGCGAAUAUGUUGCGGAAAGUUCAUGAGGAUGAGGUGACACACGUCCAGAUCGGUCAUCGGUGGUUCUGUUAUCUGUUGAAGAAGCAUGAGGGAGUUGGAUUGGACCAGGACGCGGAGAAGGCUUUUGGAGCUGCUGGAGGAAGCGAUGUGAACGAUGCUGAUGAUGACUUGUACGAGUUCCGACAGGUACCCCCUGCCUAUGCCGAGAAGAAAUCAGAGGAAGCAGGAGAAGCGAGCGAAGUGAAGCAGGUGGAAGAGGAGGUAGUUGACCCUGCAGAGGCACAAAGGCGGAAACGGUUCCAAGAGGUUGUUGUUCAAUACUUCAAGGGAUCUUUGAAGCCGCCAUUCAACACCGCCGAUCGUGAGAAGGGAGGCUUGACCAGGGGUUGGUAUGAACCCUUGGUUGUUGUGCGCGAGAGAACAGGAUUCAAGCCUGCGGCUGGAAGGCGCUUACAGAGUAAGAAGGAUAAACAGGAAGGGGCCACAGCCGAGACAACGCCUGCUGCGGGACCUCUUACAGCUGCUGUUGCUCAGGGUAGUGAAGUGGCUCCUUCUGUACCUGCUUCUGCAGAGCAAGUGGCAUAG